CUAGACAAUAGUAUCCAUUGAAAAGACCAGAUUCCUUGUUUUCUGAACAGGCAAAGUGUAUUUCUGCCAAGAGCUGAAUCUAACCUUUCCCCGACCGAAAAGGAAAAAAACAACAACUUUUUUCUCACUUUCAGCCAAUCAAAGGUCUAUUUACUUUUGGUCCAAAAAUGCUUCAAAUGGUACACCGUACAGAUCAAUUCGAGCUCACUACCCUGUACAGGUGUGUGUACUUGUGUGUGAAAUAGACGGAAAACCUGAUUCCCUUUUGUGCGAGCAUGCGAAGAAGAGAAUAUUAUUUACCAGCUGUCCAAAGUUUGCAAAGAAUGCGGUUAAGUUAACAGCCAAUCACGUUCCGUCUUACAUUUCAUUGCUGUUUGGUGGGACAGUCCAAACAAAAAUGGCGGCUCCGAGAAUGAAGAAUCUUCUAAUUUCUUAUUAGAUCAUCAAAAGAAGUUGAAAUCUGAAGCGACUGGUUGAUGACAAUGACGAGUAAGAGUUUAUCCAGGAAAGACAUCAUGGACGAAUACUACAAUCUGACCACCCUAUCUCCCGAAACUCCGGAAAAUGGGGACUAUACCGCUUUGAACAAGGACGAAAUUCAGGACGAACUUUAUGAGAUCCCCGAACCGAUGCCGACCGAUGAUCGCACGGAAGGUGCAGAUCUCCUCGCGGAUCCUUCUGAAGACGAUCUCGAAAAGUACGAGGGAGCGAGUCAGGAAGUCAUCGCCAUGUACGAGUCGCCACAGCCUCCCUUCACUCUACCAUGGAAAAUAUGCGUCAUCAUCUUUAUACUAAUCAACGUGGGAGUGGUGGGGUUUCUUGUUUAUCACGUUAUAACCAUUGGACAGGAAGCGAAUGUCCAGUCGUAUAGAGUCAGCCUCUUACAACACAAGAUGGAAAACUUGGUGAAAAACCUGUUGGGCGUGGAAAAUGUGAAAAGGAAAGAGAACUGGCUGGAGUCAGACCCGUCCUGGGCGGUGCUAGCAUCCGGGACACCCCACGCCGUCGACGGCGUGACGUUCGACGCCGACAAAGCGCUAGACGGUGACGUCACCACCUACUGGGAUCCCUCGGACGAACGGUACUCCAACGACUGGUACAUCAUACUCGACUUGAAGUCCAUCCACGACAUUUCCAAAAUCGCACUGACGAACUUCGGCGAUACUGUACAUGACGUCACAGAUUUCACCCUACAGGCAUCGUUGACGUCAUCGCCGUACGAAUGGAGGGAUGUUGUCGCUGUCAGCGACGUCCAAGCGGGGACCAAUCGUUCACAAGUGUUUGGGGAAUUUACGGUGACGUCACGAUACUUCAAAUUCACGGUGACGGCAACACAGCAGGGCUGGCAGCCCUGGCUUCGGGAAAUUCGUUUCUUUGGGGCAAAAACGGCAGGAGAGGGAAACUGUGAGGCCGGAUACAAAUCUUUCGGAAAGGGCUGUUUCCGUUUCUCCGUGAACCAACUGUCGUUUGAGGACGCCCGCAAGGUUUGUCGGGACGAUGGCGGCCAUCUUGCCAUCGUCAAGGAUCCGAAUAAUCACGCACGAAUCGCGGACUACAUCAGGAGCACCACCAAUGGCAGUCAUUGGAUUGGGCUGCAGCUGGAGUCAUUCGGGGCAGGGGCAGACAGAAGAGGGGUGUUUUUCUGGGAGGACGGGACUUUGCUGACAGGGUGGAAGGGGUGGCAUGAGGGAGAGCCGAGUUCUAUUGCAGAGGGUGGAAGUGAAGACUGUGUAGAAAUGGCAGACUUCCACGACUAUGAGUGGAACGAUAAACCAUGCAGCUAUGCACUUUAUUACAUCUGUCAGACGGACAAUAUUUGAUGUUGCUUGCUGCAAAUUACAGCUAAGUACUGAAGGCCCUUUUUUUGAACGUCCGCUAGUCAGUGAAGUAAAACUCCAUCCGUUACAUGCAUAUGCACAUGCUUUAGUUACCUUCAAUGUUGGCAAAAUGUAGCUAUAGUCAACAUUGUGCGCAGAGUUACCUAUGCAAUAAGGAUUCGGAAUGCUCUUCUGAACCGGGCUAAGAUUGGGGGUGAAGUGUGGGUGCUCUAAAGAGCUGACGACCAACCGGAGCAUAUUUACCCAAAUAAAACGUUUAGGUACUUUUCUGAUUGGCCGACAGCUAGUUAGAGGCCUCGCCCACAACAAUGGCUUUCUCACACCCGGUUCAGCGAAGUCUCCUCUUCGUACAAAAA